AUGGAGAGGAAACAUAGCAGUCAAGCAAAAUUUUCCGUUAUCGUCUGGUUUCUUUUCACGUUCAAUUUUGUCGGGAUUUUUGCGGAAACAUGUGAAAAGAUCGACGUCUGUUCGUGCAGAAAAAGCAACGGGAAAGUUAUAAGUCUGAGAGACGUCGCUGGAGGUGCAAAGGGACCUGCGUGAGUCAACUAUAGUAACGUUUAAACCAUUUAAAAAUAAGCAAAAACUUAAAGCUAUUGAAAUGUACUGUCGAUUCCAAAGUAGCUCCCUUUGAAUGCUCAAGUUUUGUUCAAACUCCAUGAAAUAAGUGGGAUGGGGUUACUUCAGUCUUGCGUUAACUUACUUUUCUGUCGCUCGAACAGAGAAUCGUAUAAACAGAUGCCGCUUUUAAGCUUAUAUGGUAAUUGAAGAAAAAUUUUGAACCAUUUCGAUUGGGAAGAAAGACAAGUUCAGUUUUUCUUUAUUAUGCUCCGUCCUAGAUUACUUUUUCCUGCGUGUUUGUGAUAAAUUUUCAUGUACUGAUUUACUGAUACGUGAUAUGGUGGCAUCGACUGGUGACCCCCGUUAUUGACCCCUUUUGUGACUGAAAGUUUGGCUUCCUCAGGUAGUGUGCAGGUCCUGUGUGCACCAGACGUAGUUAAUCGAUAAAACGAUAAACGAUAUUAAUCGAUAGUAAUCGAUGUCGAUCAUCGAUGAAUAUCGAUUUCCUAUAUCGAUCGAUAGAAAUCGAUAAAGAAAAAGUUGUGACUUCGAUUAAUGUCGAUGAUUUUCCGAUAGAAAUCGAUGAUGACUUAUUUAUCGAUAGUUACAGAUUACUAUCGAUUCAUAUCAAUCUUAAUCGAUUUUGUUAAUCGAUAAUAAUCGAUAAAUUAUUUUUUCUGUGACGGCGAUUUCUAUCUUUUUCCGAUAUCAAACGAUAUUAAUCGGCGGAUUAAAUCGAUUAAUAUCCAUAAUAUCGCUUGAUUUCAGAUAUCGAUUUUUAUCGAUUAAUUGCCUCUGGAUUGUUAGGGUGCUUUUAAUUGGUAUAUAAUUAACAAACCAAGCGCCUUCUUUGCUGUGUACAGCUGACCUAGCCAAGUAGCCGACUGACUAUGCGGGUAUAAAUCAGUUUGUUUUAAGUGAGUGUGAGGUCUAAAGUGUUUAUCGGUGUGAAUUAAUCUUUCAAUUGCUUACCUGCUAAACUUCUCGCUAGAUUGGCACAAUAUUUGGCCUUUAAAAACGUCCAGUCUAAUAACCCAUGCGUAUCGAAAUCAAAAAAGCGUGUCGUUGACGUAACGUUCGAUCCUGAACGCGGAAAUUUCCCGGUGACACGCGGAAUAGAAACCUUUGUUUUUAUUAACUGUUGACCGUCCAAUCAGAUAUCGGACGUGAUUUCUGCAAAAAUAAAGAAGUGGGUAAUCUCAACCUUGUUAACAGAAAUGUCAGAUUUUCCUCCGCUGAAUUCCCUACCCUUUCAUUUAAUAGCCUGCGAACGGCAGACGUUUCUCCUCGCUCAUCGCCGCUGAAGGACGUUUCUUGAGGAGGAACGUCUGCGACUGAGCGACAGAAAUUCCAUACUGAUGACGCAAAAUCUGCCCGGAAUCCGGUCAGAAGCGCUAAUUGGUGGACGGAUUGUUGUUUUAGCUACCGGAUUUAUUAUGUAAGCUGAUUGAUUUACGUCAUCAGUAUGGAAUUUCUGUCGCGGAGUCGCAGACGAACGUCCUUCAGCGGCGAUGAGCGAGAAGAAACGUCUGUCGUUCGCAGGCUAUUCAUUUAAAUGAAGCCUGAAAAAGGUCCUCUUUCGGGAUGAGCCUCCCCGCAUAGGCCGUUAUAGGAAGUACGUCCCCCCCCCGGGGGGGAGCAUGUAAUACAAAGGUUUAAUUAUAUAAAAUGGGAACUGCUACAGAAUAUUUGGUUGAAUUGAGCUUGGUAUGUGGAUUUGAAAGAGAAGGAAAACGCUUUCGUUUCCCCUAAAGAAAUUAACCAAUACAGUAUCCUGAAACAUACUGAAUUUACAACUUGUUUUAUGGGUGCUUCUUAUAUGGACCGCUUAAGAUGGAGUUUAUACUCCCAGAUUUUUGCUGAUUCUGUUUUCUUUUUUUUUAUGUUUAAGCAUUAAAGGAAUUAAAACUAUCUAUCCGCCUGGUACAAUAUAUGAGUUCGACUGGAAUCCUUGCACGACGUUUACUGAAGGAAGUAGCUGCACAGACAUGUUGGUAAGUGUGUGUUUCGCAUUUCUGUAAAUUAGCCUCUCAAGUUAUUAUUUCUUAUAAUUAAGAUAGAGGGUCAAAGUGAUAAUUUUAGCUUCAUGUAACAAGUUCUUAAAAGAGGGUCUCAAUGGGGUUAGCUGAUAGGCGUAAAACGGCCCAAAAUUUAGUCGAUAGCCGUAAAAAUUGAAAAAUUUUAACCGUUAGUCGUAAGUACGGUAAAAAGAGUUAACCGUAAAAAAAUUUUGCUCCUUAGAUUUGAUAAUUUGAGGAAGGUGCUAAACUCACCUAGAACGGUUGUGAUUCUUAUUUCGCGACUACUUUCAAUCGGCUCUUUACGUUCCCUUUUCUGCUAGUUUUGCUUUUCACGAAGAUUCUACUCAAAUAAACUGUUAUGUCUUGUCUGUCUUUUAUUAGGAAUGGUCCUUUUCAUGGCUCACGAAAAAUUUUAGUUGACUGGCAAUAGCUUAACCUUUUGUUUCUAUUUUAAACAAAGAGUUCAUCUCAUUUUAAGAGAAUGAGAAAACUGCGGCAAAGAUCUUCAAAGCCGCGUACUUCUCAGCUUGGCUGCGACACUUGUAAAUGUGAGAGUCACAGAAAUGUUCGAGUCUCAAUCUGUAUGCUUGUUCUUUUUUAGUUUUUUGUACAAGCCGUUCUUCAGUGGGGUAAAGACCCUAGUAAAAAGAGAGGAGGGUAGCAAAUACAAAGCGACGCGAAGAACGAAUCAGUAGCCCCUGAAGAAAAGGAAAUCACGCCAAGAUGCAAAAGAUGACAAACGUUUUCAUAGUUAACAUUUCUAUGCGUAAAAUGACAUUAGAAGUGGAAUUAACUCUAAAAGCAUGAUUCAUGAAAUUAAAACAUUUUUCAGAAGAAGGACUCAUUUCAUCCCGAGAUGAUCCUAAGACAUAUAUUUUGCUUUAAAGAUACAAAAAAAUACAGGUUUAUUAAUAUUUAACUCUUUGAAACAAAGAAAUUAAUUUUUAACUUUAUAGUUAACCGUAACUGAAAAAAAUUAACCGAUAGCCGUAAAAGAGCCAAAAUUUUAGCCGAUAACCGUAAUUGCCACCACCCUAUUGAGACCCUCUUAAAAAAUUCAGUGAUGAAAUCAAAUUUAAGAUGAAUAGAGAUUGAGUCUGAACACAGCAAAAUCAGCAAAAUUUGUCUGUAGGAUCUAGACAGAGUUCUUCUCGUAUGUCUUGACCAUCACUGGAGACGCCAAUGUACCUAAAGUAACAUCUACCAAAACCCUGGGUGUACAUUCGAUCAGGCGCUUACAUGGGCAACACAUAUAGAAGAGACAUUUAAAAAUUAAUCAGCGCAGUUGGAGCUCUUACACUUGUGAGACAGUUUGUUCACCUGUCGACCCUCCAGACAAUGGACAACCGUCUUUUAUCCAGCCGUUAUUGCAACGUUGUUUGGGAGGGUCUGGACUCAGAACUAUAAUCAUAGACAAAAGUCUUGGGACACUUUUGCAUUUCUUGGGCGUUUUCCAAUUCACACAGGCCCAACCACUCCUCUCAUCCCACAAAACAACGUUGGACGAGUGUAUCCAGAUUUCUUUGCGAGUUUCAACUUUAAAGUUCUUUAUAUGCAAAAAUUGCGCUGCAAUUACAACAUAAAUAUAUGUAAUCCCUCUAAUUUCAAGAAAUUUUUUUGCGCGCUCCCCACUAUUACGGACACUAAACCGCGGUCCCGAGGGUGUCCGCAAUAACGGGAGCUGCUGACUAUAUGACGAAAAAAAGCAAUUGGGUUUUAUAAUGGUGCAUUUAUUUGCAAUCAAUUAGCCGAGGAUCUGCGUAAAUGCCGAAGUCGAAGAAUUCAAUUAAAUCUAAUUUGGACGGCUUGUUUCCCAGCUUCUUUGAUUCUUUAUUAUGAUAUUUAGUUUAAGGAGGAUUUCUUAUCACAAAUUGUUUACUUAUAACUUUUCACUUCACUUAUAGACGCUCAUAACUCUGAGGAUUUAAGACGUCAGCUCACGGUCUAGAGUGUGUGGACCCGCAAUAACUCGAGUUGACUGGAAAACUAUCACCUAACAACUUCCUUCAUUUUCCCACUUAGAUUUGUCAGACGCUUCCGAAUGCACAGGAAACCCAUCCAUGCGCUAACUCUGUUGCUAGUUUUGAAUCAGACACCGAUGGAAAUACCGUCAUAAAUUAUGAGCCAACCAUUGAGAAGGCCACUUCCUACAAAAGGUAAUUUAGCACCAAGUUUGAAGUUAGCAAGUUUAAAGUAAUUUCGGGCCAUCAUGGCUGCAACGUUGUUUUAUUAAACCUGUGCUAAAACUACUACACAGGCUACCUGUUGCGGUUCAGGAUCCAAAAUAAAAUCCUACUGGAUGCUGAUGACUUUUAAAUGUCUAAAUGACACUGUUGCUGCUUAUCUUAAAGAUUUAAUUCACUCUCAUACACCAAACCGCAGUCUGCGAUCAACCUCAAAACACUACUUAGCACAUGAGCAAUCCCACCCGAAAAGUUAUGGUCUCAGAGUAUUUUCAGUUGCAGCACCCAUUUUGUGGAAUUCUCUCCCACGUAGGCUUAGAGACCAUUCAAAAUUUUCUAUAACCUCUUUUGAGAAAAAACUUAAAACACAUUUAUUUAAAAUAGUUUUUUAACAUGUAAAUUUUCUAUUGCUGAUUUACUUAUACAUUUAUUUUUUAACUAGUAAUAGUUGACACUACAGCUGCCCCCGUUUUGUAUGUUGUCGGUCAAUAGUAUUCUUGCUGGUUGUGUAGCUCUUUGAAAUAUACCGAUUCAUAAUGAAGAUUUUCACACAUAUUCCAUACAAUAGGUGAGAUAAAUACAUGAAACGCAAGGUUCCAUGCACAGUUUCAGCUCGAUUUACACAGCUUUGAUCAAAACAUUCUCAGUUUCGAGAAUAGUUUAUUCGAAACCAUAAGAAAAGAUUUAAUUAGAAGUUGAAUUUUUCGCUAUUUCUCUUUCCCUUUUUACAUUCAGUUCAUAUUAUUUGCUGGAAAGUAAGCCUUAGAAAUUAAAAGACGUUCGAUCGAUUUAUGCUAGCGCAUUCUAGUCUUAUUUGAAACUUUAUAACGGAAGGACAUCUGUGAGCAGGGAAUAAGUCAACACAGAAUUUGAUUGUCGGCGAAUUUCUGUAAAUGUCAAUCAAUCUGCUAGUGAUAGCCGUUGUUCACUCGUCUUGCUUGUUUGGGGCUGAGUCUUAUUCCGGUCAAAGAGAGAGAAAGAGUGUCUGGCAAGGUUUCCAAUAUAAAUCAAAGAUUUGUGAACUCGUUUCUGGCAAACUCUCCAAUUGUUUAUAUAUCUACACUGUUAAACGCACCUUAUAACCUCCCCUGCGCUUAACGAGUGUCUUUUGGUCCAUAACUUUCAAAGCAACUGCUCCACAGAAUGUCACUGCGUAACGCAAAAUAGUAUCGAAGUAUGACUGCACAAUAAAUAGAGAGUUUUAGAUCCGAGUUUACCGCGAACCGCUAACCGCUGGAGGUCACGUGACAAGUCUUUCGCUUCACGUUUGAGGUUUACGUCGUGCGUUUUCAACGUGGGGAGAUAGGGUUUCACGUAUGUCAUUUACCUGAACACUUUUAGCGUAUAAUUCUUGUUUCAUCCCACGUAAUGAUACAAAAAUCUUGAGAAGCAAGUCUUUAUCCAUUCACAGAGGCACAAAUUCGGGCGAAAUGCAAAAUUUUAUAAAUCCUAUUGGAUCUUGAAAACAAGUGCCAUUUAUGGCUGCUGAUUCAAAAUGGCGGCCUUAAUUUAAUCCACCGCCAAUCUAAAUCGAAUUUUGUUUGACCGUCGAACCGCAGACGGGUAACCGCAAACCGCGGUUAGAGGUUUGCGGUAAACUCGGAUCUAAAACUCUCUAAUGUCACAAAAUCAACCUGAGCGGUCCCUUCGGGAUUUUCUGUCGUUACGUCAUCCUAACCAUUUCAUACUUGCGGGCGCAAGCAAUAGAAACGUCAUCAUUACCUACCGAUUCCUCGCGGCCCCAGUUCGAGCAAAUCGAGAUUUUUUCUAGUAUACUGACUGUAUAUUUGAACUGUAAGUACUGUCCUUAAUAUACGCGCAAGUUACUAGGGUGCCUCCUCGGGAUUUCCCCUCUGGGCGAAAUCCCUGCGGGGGCAAUAAUUCUACAUAACUAUAAUUUUAUUGUAAAGCGCUAAUGAACUUUACAGAGUAGCGCUAUAUAAGUGUUACUUAGGGACGGACCAUUAGAAAAGUGAUGGGGGGGGGUGGGGAAUUUUCAGCUUGCACGAAUUUUUUUUUUUUUCGCUCACUGCUUGUGCAGGAAUUUUUUUUUCAGGUGAACCCCUCUGAACGAAUUUUUUUUUUCAGACAAAAAUUGCUUUUUUUGAACAGUUAAAUCUUGAUUCAUUAUCUAUGUUUUUGUGCUUUAUAAAUUAUUCUACACUCACAAAAGAUCAAAGGAUACAGGCCACUUUAAUGCAAAAUCUUUUCGAAAAUGUACACACAGUGAGAGAGGAGGAAGCCACUUGGAGUGGACGGCUUCACUGUGCAUUUUUUCAGUCCCUGCCCUCUGGAAUUCCUCUCCCACAGCCAAUGGUAAAUAAAUAGUGACAGGCCAUUCACAGAUCCCGCAAGCGUGUCGCAUGAAUGUAAUUACUUAUCUACACGUAGCGGUUAAAGAGAUUAACUACAGUUUGGCUCUAACCAGUAUAUCGAAGGCGUAGUUUGAAUAUUCUUAUGUUUUCUACGAAAGUCUCUUCUGAAGAGUUAGUAUGGUAAAUAAGUAGUGACAGGCCAUUCACAGAUCCCACAAGCGUGUGAAUGGCCUGUCACUAUUUAUUUACCAUGUCCCCACCCGGAAAAAAAAAAGGCUUCGUAAAAGGUGAAGGCCUGAGACUACUAAGAACUAACUCUUCAGAGGAGACUCUCGUAGAAAAUAUAAGAAUAUUCAAACUACGCCUUCGAAGGAGAGGCUACCCGAACAACCUUAUAGACAAAACACUCUCGGAAGUAAAAUUCUCUCACAGAAAGAAAGCUCUUAAGGAUAAUACAAGAGUGCAAAAAGAAAUAUUGCCCUUUGUAACGCAAUACAACCCAUUUGUGCCUACCUUAAACACAUAAUUUUUAAUGGAGAAAUGGCAUCUUAUAGAAUCACAACCUAAACUUAAAGAAAUGUUUAAAGAACCUCCAAUUAUUUCUUAUAAGAGAGGCAUUUCAUUAAGAGAUAUACUGGUUAGAGCCAAACUGUAGUUAAUCUCUUUAACACUACGUGUAGAUAAGUAAUUACAUUCAUGCACCACGCUUGCGACAUCUGUGAAUGGCCUGUCACUAUUUAUUUACCAGAUUCUAAUAUUUAUUUAUUACAAAUUUUAUUUUAUUAUUUUCAUUAUAAUACGGUAUACAGUGUAUGUUGUAGGUACACUAGCUGCAAUUUAAAACAAAAACAAGGUUCUAAUUGUCUCCUUUCAGUAAGAAGAAAGUGAUUUUUGUUUAUUCAUAUUGUGCCUGGUAAGAUUGUUGAUUUCUGAAACUCAGACUUUCUGAAAAAGUCACAAUUGGACCUUCCUUCUGCAUGAAUUUUUUUCUUUACCUCCUUCUUUGCAUGAAUUUUUUUUGUUGGCAUUUUCCCUUGCAUGAAUUCUUUUUUGUUUCCCCCCCACCUCAUCACUUUUCUAAUGGUCCGUCCCUUAUUAUUAGAAUCAGGAUAAAGUUACCUCGCGCGCUGCGUGGAUGUUUCGUGGAGGUUUCGCAUGACUAAACGCCGUGCAAAACAUGUCGGGCGAAAGGCAAUGAAAGCGUAAAGAGAUCGAGAGCAUUUAUGAAUAUUAAAACGAAAUGAGUCGGCGCUCACCUGGGAAAAGGGUAUCGCUGGACUCUUUGACAGCCUGUGAAAUCAGUUUAACUCGAAGUUGUCGUAACCUCAGUGCUUUAAUAAAAUGAGAAAUUUCGCCGGUCUAUUGAAACCGGUCGUUUGUACAAUAAAGCAAGUUGGACGCCAAGUGUUAUUUUUGUUGAAUAAUAAAAGCCUAAUAAAAUUAAAAAUAAAUAUCAAACCAGAAAUUGCUCUCUUCAAAUUGUAAAUUAUAAAUGAUCCUGAGAGAUUAAUUCAGCGUGUUAAGGAUUUCCCAGCUGUACUGUAAGCUCUAUACAAGAGAGGAAGGGCGAUUCUUUUUAAUUUCCAUUUCGCAGACACCGCUUUAGCAGAAAUCUCUCUUUAGUCGUUUUCUUCGACAAAACGAAUAGAAAUAUAUCGCUCUCCGAGUCUUCCGCCAUUUUUUCUGCGUCAAUUCGUGAAGAACGCGUAGCUCUGAGCGUGGGUCAUCCACGCGGAACACAUUCGCGCUAUGUGAUUGGCUGUUGCCUCAUCCCCCUUGGGAUCUGUGUGUCUUAAAAAUAACUCGAGGCAAAUUACCUAUGGAAUAGGGUGUGUAUGGGGGAUGCCUUCUCUGUCCCCUUUAUCCUCUCUUGUUAUGUAUAACAUAAUUAUCACCAAUUAUGCUGCUCAAUUUUGCCGGAGAGUAGAUUCUUGCUGUGCAAUUCAUGAUGAAAUCUUGGUAUAAAUUAAUUCAUAAACAAAAUAAAAAGGAUGUGCAUGUUAAUACUGUGGAACACGUCAUCACACAAAUACCAAGAUGUUCAUAUGAAUAUCGGCGUGAAUUUGUAAUGAAACUGUAGUGUUUGAUUUGACUUGCUGAGUUUCGUUUCAACCGAAACACUGACUUGACGUGAAGAUUAGAGUAGACAAUUUACCCAGUGAUGUUUAAAAUUAUUUAUUUUAUUUCAGGACCUUCAAAAUUACUCUAAAAUGUGAUCCUAGCAAGUUUCCAGGCUACACAGAUGGUGUUACAGAAGAUUACACAUACAAAGAUUCAAAAUAUGUAUGAAUGAUAGUUAGCUUUAUUUUAAAAUAAAAAAACCAUUUACUUUGAGGCGGUCAUAUUUGAACCAGCUCUGUGGAGUAUAGUGGCUAUGAAAAGCUGGCUACAUAUUAAACAUAUAGUAUCAUGUUAAAGUGCUGCUGAAGAGGAGAAUGCUAACACCAUAGUAUUUUAAGGCAACUCAAAACAAAGAAAAUUGUCAACUACGUAUGCGCAAUGUAUGCAGUAUCCUGGAAACCGUACAACAACCUGUGAAACGGUUUGUUUGAACAGCGGUUGACCUACCAAAAACAUAUACUGCGCAUGCCCACGUGAAUGUCAAAUCAACGUACCUUGAAUUCACUGUGUCCCAUUUUUGUUUACUAAUUUUCCUUUCUCCUCAGAAACACGUGAUAGUCAGGCUAAGUUCGUGGAAAAGCAGGGUGUUUGGAGUUUUUCAUAGGCUGUUCAGUUACUUGUAGAAAGACAAAAUAGUUAUUUGUAUGCGACAAAAUUCACCCGAGACAAUAUAUGCUGUAAUUAAAACACCAUUUCAUUUUUUUUCUGAAUUUGGCAGUUGACUGCAGAAUUCACUCCCCUGGUCUUUUCAAAACCAUUUUAAAAUUGUACUGUCUAGACAGCCCGCAUUUCUUCUAACAUAAUUUAUCACACACGAUCGAAUCAGCACAUGUUUAUCUUAGCUUUAGUAUUUUCUUUCGUAAAUGUAUGUGGGAUAUAAUACAGUAAAGCAUUUCACAGUUAUAAACUUAACUGACUUUUGUUUUCAAUUACAGAGUAUGGUGUUUUCUACAAAAUGCGCGUGUGAUGACGCUUGUGCCUCUAAUAACGAUAAUCCUGCUCAAAACAGCAAUGGACUCAGUACUGGAAGUAUUAUAUUAAUAGUGUAAGUAACCGAUAAUGCUCAUCCUUUCAAAAGUGAUUGCCGCAACUAAGUAAUGAAGAAAGAUGUGCUAUAAUGACGUGAUUUUGCUUUGUAAUGCAUGGUCUCGUAUUCAGG